AUGGAGCUGAUGUUCGCCGGAAUCGCUCGUCUUUUCCCGUUUAAUAGGGUAACCGUCGAUAAUUUUAGCGGCGUGCGGAAUGGCGGUAACGGCGCUAACCGUUGCAAAAAGGGUAAAAACGAUGGAAGUUUUCAUCUUGCUAUAAAUAUCAUAGCGGGGGUAAGAAAUUUUGAAUGGUAA